CACACGGGCGGCGGCAGCAGCAGCAGCCUCCCGGGACUGUAUAAAAGCCCUCAGUGACCGUUCAGGGAGCACAGAGGACGCUCAACCUUUCCGGUGUAUUUGUCUUUCCAACAACCAUGAAGGCUGUAGCUCUGAUCUUUGCUUUGGCAGUCAUCACUGGCUGCAAUGCCCGUGCUGUGCGCCAGGCUGAUGCCACCCCAGUCCGUUGGGAGGAAGCCGUGAAUCGUUUCUGGCAGUACAUCGACGAUCUGAACCAGAAAGCCGAUGGAGUUGUGCAGAACCUCAAGGCCUCUCAGCUCAGCAGGGAGCUAGACACUCUGAUUACUGACACAAUGGCAGAGCUGACAACUUACAGAGAGGACAUCCAGACCAAGCUGGUGCCCUACACUGAGACCUCCACUGGCCAGAUGACUCAGGACCUGCAGCUUUUGGUCAACAGACUCCAGAGGGACAUGGAGGAUGCCAAGGAGCGUAGCACUGAGUAUUUGGGCGAGCUCAAGUCCAUGAUGGAGCAGAACAGCGAGGAUGUCCGGUCUCGCAUCAGCACCUACACUCACAAGCUGAAGAAGCGCCUGAACAAGGAUACUGAGGAGAUUCGCAACACUAUGACCACCUACCUGGGUGAGCUCCAGUCCCGCACCUCCCAGAAUAUGGAGACUGCGAGGGAGCACGUUGAGCCCUACGUCCAACAGGCCGGCGAGGUUGCCAACAAGAAGCUGAGCGACAUCACCUCCCUGCUGGAGACCCAGGCUCAGGGCCUCAGAGAGCAGCUGGAGGCCGCCGCCCAGGACCUGCGCACCAGUUUUGAGGGCAAGAUCGAUGAGCUGACAGAUCUGCUGUCCCCCUACACUACUGAGAUCCGUGAGAAGAUCGAGAGCAUUGUGGACAAGGUCAAGGAGACGGCCACAGCCUAAAAAGAGAGACUGGUGGUUGUUGAAGGGUUUUUAGAUGGUUGGUUGUCCACUUUUUGUAGCAGGAGGGAUGUGUAAACCAAUGAUAUCUUAAUACCUUGGAAAAGAGGGGAACAUGGGGAGUUUAGAGUUACAGAUAUCUACAUUUGGGUGCUCCACUGUUGAGGGUAAGGGGGUGGAUGAGAUGAAGGAAGGAGGAGGUGUGUAACAAAACAGUCAGCAGAUAAACAUCUGGGAUUUUUUAUCUUAUGCAUAGUCAUCCUUUCUUCUUUUAUUGACCCCUUUCACUGAACACAAGCACCCCAGUCAGUAACAGCCUUCAAAACAAACUGGAGACAAUUAUUCGUAAUGUGCUUCGCUUUUCUACUUGGAAUUAACUGCUCUAGCUGCCUUCCCCUCCACAUUUUUAUCUUAUGUUCCCCACAGUUUGUUUGGUUGUAAAUAUAACUGCUGAGUUUGAGCCUCAUAGGCAGUGAUUCUGGACCAUAUCAUCCCUAAAUGUACCAAACACAAGUGUCUUUUAUUUCAAUAAAUGCACUGAUUUGUUCUAGAGGUGAUACCGAACCAUCCAAGUGCCCUGUCUGCUUUUCCUGUUGUUCACAGAGAAGUGACUUGUCAUGGUUAUGAUAAUCAGUGAGUGUAACGUGCCUGUCUUGUUCAGUCUUCAGUCCGAGUAUAGAGCGUGCCUUGUGUCAUAUGCCCACCAUGCUGCUCACUGUAAGCGCACUGCUUGCGGCUGCAGCAUUGCCGCACAGUGCUGAGAGAAUAAAGAACCUAGAAAAGA